CUGUUCUUACCGAUACGGGUUCUCCGCACCUGGGCGUCGAUACCCCAAAUCGCAUAACCGAUAUCUUUUAAGACGGGCGCCGCUGCACCUAGUGGUCGCAAGCUGUAUUCCAUAUCUACAGAUUCCCUGCCACACCCAGAAAUAAGCAGUCCGCGCGCAUCGUUACCAUGGGGCCCACAGAUCGUCUCAAGCAAUUGGCAUCGCAAUUUAUAUCUGCCAGUCCUGUACCCGGUCCCCCUCCGAUCCACCCCGGCGACAGUCAUGAAUACCACCAUCGUCACAACUUUCACACGCUCAGUCCGACUUCUUUCCUUUGGCGAGCCGCGCAGAUCGAGCCUCAUGCUACAGCGAUUUAUCACAAGACCGCGAAUGGGAAGAUCCUACGGCGCUCUUACGAAGAGACUGCAGACCGCGCACGAGGACUGGCGUACUACCUACGAAAGAAAGGCUACAAACGCGUAGGAAUUCUGGCAACAAAUACACCGGCUUUCUUAGAGUCAAUCUUUGGCAUUGCAGCCGCUGGAGCGGUGAAUGUUGCUAUCAACUACCGCCUGAAGCCAGAUGAUAUCAGCUAUAUCUUUCAGCACGCGGACGUCGAUAUGAUCAUUGUAGAUUUUGAAUUCGUCAAGAUACUAGAUGACUUCAGGAAGGAGAUGCCGAAUGUACCGAUCUUAGUGGACACAGAUACGGACGCUACGGAGGGCGAGCUGUCAGGACCGUUCGAUGAUGCUGUAUUGGAAGGCUUGAAGUACGACAUUGAGAAUGGGAAAAAGGGUUGGGUGGACCUCGCCGCUCAAGCCCCAGAUGAGGAAGAGGUCUUUGCCUUGGCGUACACAUCUGGUACAACCGCACGACCCAAAGGAGUUGAAUAUACACAUCGAGGUGUGUAUCUUGCUGCACUGGGUAAUGUGAUCGAGUCCGGUCUCAACUACCACACCGGUCGCGCAAAGUACCUCUGGACCCUCCCUAUGUUCCACGCAACUGGCUGGACAUUUCCCUGGAGCGUGACCGCAGUACGAGGAACGCAUUACUGCCUCCGCAAGAUCGACUACCCCGAGAUCUGGCGCCUGCUGAAGGAAGAAGGUGUUACUCACUUCAAUGCCGCGCCUACCGUCAACACGCUCCUCUGCGCAGCGAAAGAGGCUGAAAGAUUGCCUCAGGAGGUCCGGGUCACUGUUGCCGCAAGUCCACCAUCCGCAUGGCUUUUUGAGCAGAUGACAAACCUGAAUCUGCAUCCAGUCCACGUCUACGGCCUGACCGAAACAUAUGGCCCAAUCACUAAAGGCUACCAUAUGCCAGAAUGGGAGGAAAUGCCCGAGAAAGAGAAGUAUGCCAAGAUGGCGCGACAAGGCCACGGGUUCGUCACCGGUCUGCCCGCUCGCAUCAUCAAGACCGAGCAAGAAGAAGGUGUCCUCAUUGAUGUAGAAAAGAACGGCCAGGAGAUCGGCGAGAUCGUAUUCGAAGGCAACAUCUGCGCAAAAGGGUACUACAAAGACGCCGAGGCGACGCGCAAACUGUGGGCAGGUGGCGUAAACCACACAGGCGAUCUAGCCGUCUGGCACGCAGACGGCGCAAUCCAAAUCCUCGACCGCGCAAAGGACAUCAUCAUCUCAGGCGGAGAAAACAUCUCUUCCGUCGCUCUUGAAGGCAUGCUCGCAGCGCACCCCUCGGUCCUCGAAGUCGGCGUGUGCGCCGUGCCGGACUCGCACUGGGGCGAGCGACCCAAGGCGUUUGUUACGACCAAAGACGGCACGAACAGCGAGACGCUGGGCAACGAGAUGAUUCAGUGGGCCAAGGAGCAGAGUAACAUCAGCAGAUUCAUGGUGCCAAGGGAGGUCGUGGUGGUGCAGGAGUUGCCGAAGACGAGCACAGGCAAGAUUAAGAAGAACGUGUUGAGGGAGUGGGCCAAGGGGAAUAUGGACGCCAAGUGAAGAAGGCAUGUUGUGAUGCUUUGGUAGAGUAUUGGAUAGAUGUUGAAGUUUCGCAUUGAUGAAUGAAGCAAUGAAUGAUUUGCGUAUCAAUCAGGGGCGUGUGUAAUAUGUCAUGUGGAACGCUGUCAAACUAAUGGGUACGGACAAUUGAAGACCUGAUACCGCUGGUUCUGGCUUUCUUGUAUCGAAUAGCUAGUGUCAACUAGCAAUGCUGAGUGUUUUUGCGAGGUUUACGCAAAAGACAGUCGAGACAGAAG